GCUUCUUCUAGGUCACAGAUACAACAUAUGAAUGUCGUAGCAGCAACAGCAGCAGGCAGCGCUACAUUCAUUCAUUUGCCAAUCCUCAUUCCUCUUCCUGCCGUCGUCGGCGUCGUCGUCGUCGUCGUCCUCCUCCUCCUCUUUUCAUCUCUCAGGUAAGCUAAGCUAAGCUAAGGUAAGAUAAAGGUACCUGUCUCUCUGUUCUCUGUCUGUCUCUGAAUUCGUGCAUUUUCUGUUCAUAUCCUGUUCGAUUCUUCUGAUAAUCGUGCAUAAUUCGUAGUUCACGAAUUCCAUUCCUCACAAUUUCCAUCUUCCUACAAUCGAAUCGAUCUGCAGUGGCGAAGGUAAGGCUUCACGAUAUGAAUUGUGCAUCAUCGCCGGACGGCGGUGUACGCCUUCGAGUUGCUGCUGCAACAACACCACCACUCACCGCCGCACAACCAAAUCCUCACCUCCAAUUCAUCUCCUCUCCUUUCAAUUUUAGCAGUAGAUGCACUUUCCUUUCCAUCUCCAUCUCCAACCAUAGAUCCAGAUCGAGAUCUGGAUCUCCUCUAUGUAACUCUACUAUUUCUAGCUCUAGCUCUAGCUCUAGUUCCGGAAACUACGACCGGAGGCCGAGCAAGUUCAGCCGCCGGCGCCGGAACAUUAACAAUCAGAAUUACCUGGAGAAGGAAUUAGGUUACGAGCAGGAGGAAUUCGAGGACUCGGAAACCGCCAACAAUGGAUCGCUACUUGCUGUGAACAACAAGUUUCAAUCCCCCAGCGCUAGGGAGAAGGAGAUCGUCGAGCUCUUCCGGAAGGUGCAGGCGCAGCUCCGGGAGAGGGCGGCGAUUAAGGAAGAAAGGCGAGUCGAGGAAUCCUCCUCACAGGAGAGCAAAGGCAAAGAGACCGACACCGUCGAUUCUCUUCUUAAGCUUUUGAGGAAGCACUCGGUUCAGCCGGGGAAGAAAAGCUCCGGGAAGAAGGACAUUGCGCCGGUGGAUGCAAUGCCUGCCAGGCCAAAAUCAAGUUUCUCGAGGAGGUCGCCAGUUCCGGUAGUUAAAUUGCAGCGAGUUUACCCGCAGCAGAUUGAUUUUCAUGAGAGGAAUUCGGAGGAGGAUGAGGAUGAUUAUGAAGAAGAGGAGCCGAGGUUGGUUGAGGGUAGUGAUUUGAGUGGGAUGAAGACGACUGAACUGAGAGCUCUUGCGAAGUCGCUGGGGAUGAAAGGAUUUUCCAAGUUGAAGAAGAAUGAGCUCGUCGAAUUGCUAAGUGGGCGAGUGUGAUAGGUGUGGAUGAUAUGGCGACGACUCUGAGGCAGAUCUUGUCUUUGUCAUACGAUUUCAUUUGCUGAUGGCGGCGCGGUGUUCCUCCAUGUGAUUGCUCUUGCUUACAUGGGCGGGUUUUCGUCGGGGAUCUGAUCGCCUUCUGGAAUUGGAUCUAUCAAGGUAGUCGAAAAUGCUCAUGGAUGGGAUCUAGCGAAAAUGGAAAGCUGCAAAACAAGAAGGGCAUACCUGCCGGCUCAUCCGGGUAUUCGAGGAGGCAAUGCCGCAGCUCAGGUACUUCUACAUUUUCCAGAUAUCCUGCAAUCUCUUCAUGAUCAAAAUAAUAGGGCACCAGAUUAGUUUGAAGUUAAAUCCAUUUAGAAGCUACAUCUCUGUCAAUCAAAAAUGCUUGUGGAUCGGAAAAAUUAGAAAUCCGUA